UACAGCCACACGACUCACAGCUGUUCAUUGUACAUCAACAUGGAUCCAUCGUCGACAAGCCUGAGAGUGCGCCUUCCGGCGUUGGUGUUGGUGCUGGAAGUCAUACUUCUGGUGCUUUACUCUUUCUUCGUCACGUACGAUGACAAUGCCAAUGCUAAGAUGCAGAACAACAUGACCAUACCUAUGGACAACUCUCUUUACCGAGACUAUCCCUACUUCGCCGAUGUGCAGGUGAUGAUCUUCGUUGGCUUCGGCUGUCUGCUGGCGUUUCUACGCUUCUACGGCUUCAGUGGAAUGGUCUUCAACUUCCUCACUGCCACUUUUUCGAUCCAAUGGGCAAUCCUGGUGCAAGGCUACUUCCAGUUCUACCAAGACGGCAAGAUUCACCUCGGGGUGAUCAACCUCAUAAAUGCAGAGUUUGCGUGUGCUGUUGUACUCAUCUCAUUCGGGGCUGUGCUCGGAAAGACCAGUCCUGUGCAGCUUCUGGUGAUGGCCUUCUUAGAGGUCCCCUUCUUCUCUGUGACAGAGUGGGCUGUGUUGAAGUACAUAAGGGUCAAUGAUGCAGGUGGCUCCAUUGUAAUUCACUUAUUUGCCUGCUACUUCGGCCUAGGGGUGACAUUUGUGCUGUACCGACCCAAUUUAAACAACGGACACUCAAAGGAGAUCACCAGCUACCACUCAGACAUCCUCUCUGUACUGGGGACGCUGUUCCUCUGGGUGUUUUGGCCUUCGUUCAACUCCUCCCUGACCUUGAAGGGUGACGAUCAGCACAGAGCAGUGCUCCACACCUUCAUUGGGCUCAGCUCCUCUACUAUGACUGCCUUCGCUCUAUCGGCCGUGUUCAACAAAAAGGGCAAGCUCACCAUGGCCGACAUCCAGAACGUGACCUUGGCCGGUGGUGUGACGGUGGGGGCCUCCGUGGACAUGAUGAUCUCCCCUGCGGCAGCAUAUGCCCUGGGGGUCCUGGGCUGCACCGCCUGCUUCCUGGGAUACAGGUACCUCACCCCGUUCCUGGCCCAACGCCUCCGGAUCCAGGACCAGUGCGGGAUUCACAACCUCCACGGGCUGACGGGCCUCAUCUCGUGCACCGCCGGCAUCUGUGCCAUCCUGCUGGCGACCGAGGAGACCUACGGGCCGAGUAUGUACGAGAUAUUCGCCCACCGCUCUCCUCCAGAGGGGGAUCCCAAGCUCCUGGCGCUGCGGCAGCUCAUCCCGGGGCUGAAGGCCGGUCUAGGACGCAGCGCCGAGGAGCAAGCCCUCUACCAGGUGGCAGCCAUCUUUUCCACCAUCGCAGCGGCCGCCGUGGGAGGCGUGGUGACUGGCUUUGUGCUCAAGUUGCCCUGCCUGGCCUCCCCCGCCGACGACGACUGCUUUGACGAUGAACUCUUCUUUCAUAUGCCCACUGACUUUUACAGUGAGGUGAAAAAGACUCCCAGCAACGAACAUGACUCCAAGGUUUAGUGUGUUGGUGUGAGGUGCAGGGUGUAUUGAAUACAUGUUUUAAUUGGCUCUGACACUACGCUUUCUUGAAUGCUUUAAGACAGAAUGACAUAGGUCAGUGGAUUGCAUAGUUGGAAUGUCGAUAACCAUAUAUGUAUGGUUCACAAGUAUUCAUGGAAGCCAUAUCUUUAUGACUGAUGUGGUAUUUAUUUGUUCGGACGAUUAGGGUCAAGGGUAGUUUUACCUGCUUUACACAUUUGUCAAUUUAGGAAGACCUAUACCAUCUUGAACUUGCUAUUAGUCAAUAAUUAUUGGAAUGCAUAAUGUUAUUGAGAAACAGUGUUAGUUUUGGAAGCAUAUUUUACUUCAAUGUAUAAUUUAUCAAUUUAUUCAAAAAACGUGAUUCAUGUUAUUUUAAA